CUGGAGGAGCGGCUGGAAUGGUACACAGAGCAGGUUCGCUGUCGCCCUGUUUGUGGCUCGCUCUCUUGCCUGUUGAGUCUGCAGUGGAGGAGGCAGCAUGCGGUCUGCCAUGGUUAGUGUUUCGGUGGCAAACAACAACGAUCCGCGUGAGGACUGCGAAACGAUAGGUCCAAUCUGAAUAUGACCAGUACUGGCAUUGAUCCUGUAAAGAAAAGUUUCAUCAGAAGUGAGGACGCGCGCACAUAUUGGACCCAAAAUGGCAGAGCGCUAUGGCUCUGAUGCCAACAUCUUGAGCAUCCCGGUGCCGAUGCGCCGCGGUGGGUCCGAAUCCAACUUAGAUGUAGUGAACAGUGUCGGAGACGAUGGGGUGGGGUUGGAUUUUACGAAGGGGGCACUGGGUAUCAACAGUCUGCAGCAGAAGAUCCUAAAGGUAACUGAACAGAUUAAAGUCGAACAAGCAGCACGAGAUGAGAAUGUUGCUGAGUACUUGAAACUUAUGAACAAUGCUGAAAAGCAGCAGGUUCAAAGAAUUCGCCAAAUCUUUGAAAAGAAAAACCAAAAGUCCGUCCACACUAUCAACCGGCUGCAGAAAAAACUGGAACAGUACCAUCGACGCAUGAAGGACAGUGAAAGCAAUGGCAAACACUCUCAUAAGAAUGGGAACCAAAAGGAGUCUGGGACGCAGAGUAAAGAGGGCAGCCUGCGGGACGUGAGCUCUACAGGACGGCAUCAAACACUGGAUAAAGUGAAGACCAUUGGACCUGGAGUGACGCUUUCACCACCAUUUUUCUUUAACAAACCACGAGAGUUUGCUAACCUCAUCAGGAACAAAUUUGGCAGUGCUGACAAUAUUGCCCACCUCAAGAGCUCCAUGGAAACAGGAUCAGGGCUGCAGGUUGAGGGCACUGCUCGAGGUUUGAGCGGUAGUGCCACCACUGUAGCCAAAGCCACAAAGUAUCAAAGUGACGAUGAAUGCUCUAUAGCAUCUUCUGGGUCAGGUGACUCAACUGGUAACGCUGCGGGGGGGUCGGGCACGGGCUCUGGUGAUCCUGGACGACCAGAGUCCAAUGGGCGCCUUGAAGAAGUCCUGGAGAUGGUCCGUGAGCUCAGGGACGCCCAAGCACAGCUGUCAGAUGAUAUUGAAAAUCUGAGUACACAGUUCAAACGGGAUCAAGGCUUUCUGACACAAAUGCUGCAGGACGAGAGAUACAGGUACCGGCAAUUGGAGGAAGAGCUCAAUGACCUCACAGAGCUGCACCAACACGAGACCAGCAACCUGAAGCAGGAGCUGGCCAGCAUCGAGGAAAAGGUGGCUUACCAAGCCUACGAGCGUGCCCGAGACAUACAGGAAGCCCUGGAGUCCUGCCAGACUCGAGUGUCUAAACUGGAGUUGCAGCAGCAGCAGCAGCAACAAACAGUGCAGCUGGAGAAUGCAGAUGCAAAGGUGCUGCUAGGUAAAUGCAUCAACAUCAUGUUGGCCAUUGUCACGGUGAUUCUGGUGUGUGUCUCCACGGCCGCAAAAUUCACUGCCCCACUGCUACGAAGCCGCCUCCACCUGGCCCUCACCUGUAUGGGACUGUCCGUGCUCGCUUUGCUCUGGAAGAAUUGGGAACAUUUACAGUGUGCUGUAGAAAGACUACUGCUUCCACCUUGAGCUACAAAGACUAUUGAACUGUCUCUCAAGGGUUGUCCAGGUUUCCAGGUGACAUGUUGCUGUGGAGACUUAGGAGGCAAAGACAGGUGUAGAUGUAGCUUUAUACCAGCAGACCAGCUCUCUCUCCCCAUGAGGACCACACUCACAGUGAAUUUAUGGCUACAAGUUUUGCAUGCCACAUAGUUGCCAGGCAGUAGUGGCCAGCAGUAACCAUAGAGCUGUCCACAAAUAUUCGCAUAAACAAUGCACACAUAUGUAAGCUGAUAAUUUAUUUUGGCUGUUAAGUACUGUGUGUUAAGGAGUGAAUGGGGCAAAUGUUGAACAAUGGGGCAUCAUGUUUCAUCACUACAGUUGCACACUGACUGGACCAAAUAAAGACCAGUGAUACAUUGGGUCAGUUUGAUCUGACCUAAUUUUAGAUUUAGACUUUCAUUUCAGCAUGAAAAUGGAGUGAUUAUUACCUGUGCUUAAAGGGUUGUUCCACCCAUGUGCUGGCAACAUGUGUCUUGUCCUUCACUUGCAUAAGCCUGAAGGCAUCCAUUUAAAGAUUGCUUUGUAUGGUUUGUAUCUGUGUCGUCCUGUCCAUAUAUGUGUGGUGUGUCUCUUCUUUAUUCCUUCUAAACUGUCUGAUCUAUGUGUUUUUAUAUGUCGGUGCUUUUAAUGUGUGAUAAAAGGAAUCAUUAUGGAAAAGUUAUAACACUAUAUUCAUAUGAAAACAAUUUUCUAUAUGUAUUAAGAUAUUUUACACCCAAAAAUCUCCCUCAAAUGCUGUCAAAUGAAAAUAAUAUACAGCAUAUAUUUUCCAAAUGCAGUAAUGCUCAGGUGUUUUUGUGCUGCCCAUAUAAUUCUAAUAAUAUAGAUUCUAAUGCACCACUAAUAAACAAGGUGAGAAGUGAGAAAGGUCGUCUGUGUAAUAAAUGUUGUUUACAGUUGUCUGACAAAGAUGGACCAUGAACUGUUUUAAGAAGUACUGUAAAAAAAAAAAUCAAACUGGUUGUUUGUUGAUUUUAAUGUGUUUGUGUGAUUUGAAAAAGGCUUGGCUGGUCUAUCACUGCAUCACUGCACCUCCUGCUGAGCAGAGAGACCCUGUGGCACACCAGUGAUAGAUUUUUAUUGAACAAAUUAAGCUUUUUGUGUCUUGUUGCAUUCAUUUUGCUAAGAAAUAGGAGGUGUUCUCUGUUUUCAAAGAUUUUGUCAUAUUUUUUGGCAUGAGAUCUUAAAAUGCUAUAUGUUAACAUAUGAAAACAUUACUGCAAAACAGUACAAGUAGGCAUACAGCAUUUGCUUCAAACUUGCUCCAGAUUUAUAAUGUAGCCUAUGUAUAAAAAAAAAUAGUUGGAUAAAUUAUUGAUUUAUUUUUUUGUUAUGUGAAUGCAACAAGAUAUUUGACUAACAUCUAACAAUGUAGCCUCGACCCUCUACCCUCGUUUGCCCUCGACCUUUAAUUAUUGUGGUCAUGAAUGAGGUAAAGGGACUGCUGCCAUUAAUGUUUACAUUGUAGAUUAUUGGCAGUAAAUCUGUUAUUUUGCUUUCAAAGCCAAAUAUAAACAAAUUUGUUUUUGGGGGCAUUUUACUACACACAUUACAACAGAUAACAUGGCCUACAACAAACCUUCUAACUCAGGCCUACUACUUUUUUCUAUUUUUAACAAGCUCAAAUAUUGUUUUAGUUUUCACUUGUUUUAUUUUUAAAAAUAAAAUAAAUUUAUAAACUGAAAACACUGUGUCCCUUCUAAUUAUCAUAUGCCUAAAAACAGAAUUAAAUUCAUUGUAAAUGUGUAUGUAGUCACUAUCAGUGUCCCUAAAUAAGGUAAGUUGAGUACAGAAAGACAGCAUUGUAAGAACUAUGUGCCAUCUACUGGUAAAUAAUAAAAUGCCUUCAAGGCUAAUUUCAUAGAAAUAUGCUGCAUAUUUUGAAUUGCCUAAAUUUAAACAUUAAGGCUAACAUUCCAUCCAAGGCUACAUUUUAUUCAUUGCUCUUUGUUUUGAUUAAAGCCACAUUAUUUGUAUUUGUUGAUAUAGUAUUAAUUAAAUAUGUCAUAAUUUUGACACAGACUAUGAGGAC